AAUGUCUCUACCUACAUUCAGUUUACAACAUACUUUGCCUAAACUUCCUGUACCUUCUCUAGAGGAAACAUGCUCACUUUACUUGAAGUCAGUUAAACCACUUCAAUCAACUGAAGAACAUGAAAAGACAAGAACUAUCGUUGCUGAAUUUUUAGCUAGUGAUUUAUCCAAAUCUCUUCAACAACGUUUAAUAGAUAUCGAUCAUGUUUCUCCUACAAAUUGGUUAGAAGAUAACUUUUGGUUAAAGAAAGCUUACUUGGAAUGGAGAGAUCCAUUAAUGGUAAAUAGUAAUUGGUAUAUCUUGGGUCAAUCAGAUCCUAGGCAACCAAAAGAAUUAACGUCAACAAUUACAAAAGGUCAAUUCUCUAACUUUCAAAUUAAAAGAGCUGCUCACCUAAUUCAUCGUGGUUUACAAUACAAGGAAUUCAUUGAUAAACAGGAAUUACCGAUAGAAAUGAUAAUGAAAGAUAAAAAAUCACCCUUAUGUAUGUGGCAAUACAGUCGUAUAUUUUCUGUCACUCGUAUACCUGCAUAUCAUUGUGAUACACUUGUUCAAACGGAUUCAGCAAAGGUCUAUCAUAUUCUUGUUCUUUUACGUGAUCAGAUUUAUAAAUUAGACGUUUAUAAACAAAUUCAAAAUCAAUGGGUUCUCCUUACUGUAGAUGAAAUUGAAAAAGCUCUUUUAGAUUUGGUCAUACAUGUUCAACAUCACUUAAAAACUCCAUCCCCACCUAUUGGGUUGCUUACCUCUUGGCAGCGAGAUAAUUGGGCCAUUGCUCGUAAUCAUCUCUUAAUGAUAGACCCAUCGCUUCAUCGUACUCAUUUGACAAUCAUUGAGCAAGCUUUAUUUGCUGUUGCCCUCGAUGAUCAUUCAAAUGGAACUGAUGGAGCGUCUUGGACAAAGACGAUAUUAUGCGGACAUCAGGGACUUGGUCAUGGUCAUAAUAGAUGGUAUGAUAAAUCAUUCACAUUAGUGGUUGAAAAUAAUGGUAUGUGUGGCCUUUCAGGUGAACAUUCCCCUGUAGAUGCCCUUACCGUCAGUUAUAUCUUUGAUUACAUGUUAAAGGAACCUUUACCGCCCUCUCAACCUAUCGAUUCAAACUUUAUCAUCAACAAGACAUCUACUGCCUUGACUUUGGUUACAUCAUUUGAACAUCUAUCCUUCAUGUCCUCCCCCAUUUUAGACAGCUAUCUAGAGAGUGCUCAAAGAUCAGCGAACGAGAUAGCUGCCUUAUCGGAUUCAAAUGUCCUUAUCUUUAAGGAAUUUGGUACAGAUUGGAUCAAGAGAGUUGGGAAAUUAUCACCUGAUGCCUUUCUACAGAUGUCACUUCAAUUAGCUUAUUAUCGUAUACAUCAUAAGGUAACCCCUACCUAUGAGACAGCCGCUACACGGAAAUACUUGCGAGGUCGAACAGAGACGAUUCGUACCGUGAGCCUUGAAAGUAAAGCGUUUGUAGAAGGAUUUGAUCAACCUCAUUUAGAUUCCUAUCAAAAAUAUACUUUACUCAAGGAAGCGACGAUCUAUCAUCGUACAUUCACUCAAAUAGCGAGUGAUGGACAUGGCUGUGAUCGUCAUUUGUUUGUAUUACGCUUAUUAAAUGAAGAUCAUCAAGUACUUGAUAACCAAGGUGAGUUGGUAUCAGUACCCAUGCAUCCCCUAUUUAAGGAUCCUAUCUUUACUGAAUCUCAAACAUGGCGAUUAAGUACAUCCGGGUUACAUGCAGGUAUUCGUUUGAUGGGGACAGGCUUUGGUGCCAUCUAUAGAGAUGGUUAUGGCAUCAAUUAUAUGGCAGCCCCUAAUUUAGUAAAAUUUGGUAUUGAAUCGAAACGUGUUAAGGAGACUGCUUCAACUGAACAAUUUAUGGAAGCUAUUACAAAGGCCUUAAUCGAUAUACGUCAAGUAUGCGAACAAGUGAAUAAGACUGUAGAUGGAAAAUUAUAGUUAUAUAACAUUCUAAUCAAUAGAACCUCCCCCUCCAUAUUAUACUUACUUACUUUUAUACAAAACAUACACGCACACUCGCACACACACACACACACACACACAAGUAAAGUUUAUUAUUAUUAUUAUUAUUAUUAUUAUUAUUAUUAUUAUUAUUAUUAUUAUUAUUAUUAU